UCAGUCAUGGACGGCAGAGAGAAGAGAGCGCUUCACUUCUUGAUCUUCGCUGCUUAUCUCGUGGUCUCAUCUUCACCUUCUGCAGGUCUGAUCAGAUUAGCUGGAUCUGGGUCCACUCAGUGCUCUGGAAGAGUUGAAAUCUAUAACUGUAACUCUUACUCUUACCCUUACUAUUCCUGGGGAACAGUGUGUGAUUACGACUGGGACUUACAAGAUGCUGAGGUGGUCUGUAGAGAGCAGAGCUGUGGGAUAGCUCUGGAGGCUCUUGGGUCUGCUUACUUUGGUCAAGGUACAGGAACUUUCUUGCACAGUAAUGUGGACUGUUCAGGAAGUGAAACUUCUCUAGACAAUUGUAGGUACAGCAGCUAUAUUAGUUAUUCCUGUCACCAUGGUCGGGAUGCUGGCGUCGUCUGUUCAGUAAGCAACCCAGAGCCCACCAUCUCCUUGUACAGUAAUGAGGUCACCUGGGGUCAGGACGUCAGCAUCACUUGCUCAGUCUCAGAAAAGUUCUCAGGUGGAACUUUUAUCCUCCAGAAGACUUCAGGCUCAUUCAGUCAGAGUCAAACAUCCUCUACGAGCUCUGUUACAUUCAAUCUUCACAAUGUGAACUUUGAUCAUGAUGGACUGUACCAGUGUCAGUACAUGAAAACAAGUCAAAGGUUCAGCUCUUCCUCUGUCAGACUCUCUGUUACUGUGAGUUUUCCAAAACCUCGUAUUUCCAUUUGCCCUGUUGGUGAGGUGACCUGGGGUCAGACUGUUGAAAUCACAUGUUCAGUCUCAACUCAGGUUUUAGGUGGAUCGUUCACUCUGAGUCAAAUUCAGGGUUCAUUCACGAGGAGCCAAACCUCCAACACAAACUCUGCUACCUUCAGUAUUCCUAAUGUGGACUUUGAUAACGAGGGAUUGUACCAGUGUCAGUAUAAUAAAAGAGGCUCAAGUCGUGAAUUCAGCUCCCCAUUAAGUGAUUCGGUCAGACUCUCUGUUGCUGUGAGACUGCAGACACCCAGCAUCUCCCUGACCUCUCCUAGUGCAGGUCUGGGCUGGGGUCCUGAAGAACGUAAUCAGUGCCGGGGGAGGUUAUGGUCAACGCGAAACCCAAACAAACAAAAAACGCUUCAAGCGGAAGCCAGAAAGAAUCCUGACCGUCUGACGACGAAAGAAAAGUGGAUGUCACUGAGCAACAACAACAAGACGGGAAACAUCUUUUUCUCCCCGUUCAGCAUCUCUUCAGCCCUGGCUAUGGUGAUGCUGGGGGCCAGAGGCAACACAGCCACACAGAUGUCAGAGGGUUCAUGUGACCAAUCAUUGCCAGAGGCUCCAUUUACCUUCAGUGUUGCUAACAGACUGUACAGAGAGAAGUCCUGCCCCUUUACUCAGGAAUUCUUAAUACAAAGCAAGAAACAUUACAGCACAGAGCUGGAGUCUGUGGACUUCAAGACCAGGUCUGAAGAGGUCAGGAUUGAUGUCAACAACUGGGUGCAGCAACACACACCAGCAGGUAACAUCACAGAGGUGGUGGAUGAAGAUGAUUUGAAUGAACUGACCAGGCUGGUGUUUCACUGCCACCCACUUCAGAGGCAGCUGGAUUAA